AUGGAGGUGCCCCCUGAUCUCAAGUACAUUGUACCCUACAUUCAACGUGCUCAAGAACUUGCUGGGAGAGAACCCAUUGUAUCGUACUAUGCUCAAUACUACGCGGCAACGCUCGCUAUAAGUCGUGGUCCUAAGAACAAGGAGACAAAUACAUAUCUAUCACAGCUGUUGGAUCAGCUAGAGCAGACAAAGGCUAGCUUUGGACAAAACGAGGCGAUCACCAAUGAUUUGGUUGGCUAUGCACACAUUGAAAACUUUGCUUUGAAGGUGUUUAUGAAUGCGGACAAUGAGGAUCGUGCUGGUAAAGCAUCCAAGAAAACUGCCAAGACCUUCUUGGCAUCCUCGAUUUUCCUCGAGUUGUUGAAAAGCUUUGGUGAAUUGGACCCUGAGGUGGAAGCCAAGAUCAAGUAUGCCAAGUGGAAAGCAGCUGACAUUACAAAGGCUUUACGUGAAGGACGUGUACCUACACCUGGUGCACCAGGAGAUAAAGAAGAGGAGCGAGAAGCGGAUGAAAUUGUAGCAGCAGCUGCAUCUGGUACUUUGGAUGAGGAUACGGAUAUGCCUAUGCAACCACCUUCUUCUAUAUCGGAAUUUCCUAGUCCACCAUCCAACUUUACAGCACCUUUGCAACCAUCUCCACCAUCUCCUGAAAACGCUCAAAGCUCGACUCCUGUCAGUGGCAACAGCAAUCCUCCACCUCCUAGCAAUGUAUCUCAUUCUUCAUCACCGGCACCACAACCACCAUCUCAGCCACCUACUCAAGCAUCUCCACCACCACCUCCACCACCACAACAACAGCAGCCGCAGCAACCACCUUCGCAUCAACCUGCACCUGCGCCAAUCGCAGCUCCAGCUCCAGUACCUGUAGUGCAACAACAGCAACCACCACCUCCACCGCCUACAUUAGUUGAUCCAGCAGCCAUUGCUUCAGCACAAAAGCAUGCAAAAUGGGCCAUCAGUGCACUCAACUAUGAUGAUAUCAAGACUGCCCGUACACAAUUACUUGAUGCACUUAAGGAUCUUGGAUUUAGUCAGGAUAACAACUUUGGAUAUUAA